CACAGGAAUGAAAAUUGUCGAUCGGAAAAAUGUCGUUGGCACCAAACAAAAAUGCAAUAGGACAAUGGCUUCCGAAGCUGGUCCAUCGUCAGUGAAACGAUACCGUCGCGAAGAGCUGGAAGAGAGUGACCCGGAUGAAACUGAUGAUAAAUACGAGCCUUACAUUCCGGUGAAGGAACGCAAAAAACAACAGCUGCUCAAGCUGGGACGCAUCGUACAACUUACGGCGGAAGCUUCGAACGUUGGCAAAUCGUCAAGCGAAAAUGAACACGACGACGAAGGGGCCGAGGAAGCGUGGGGUCGCAAGUUCAACAUCAGUCUGUUGGACCAGCACACUGAACUGAAAAAGAUAGCCGAGGCCAAGAAAAUCAGCGCCGUUGAAAAGCAACUCAAAGAGGAAGAGAAAAUCUUAGAAAGUGUGGCCGAGAAGAAAGCUCUGAUGGGUGUGGCGGAAUUGGCAAAAGGUAUUCAAUAUGAAGAUCCGAUAAAAACAGCCUGGAAACCUCCACGGUACAUUUGCGCCAGGUCGGAUGUUUCACAUGAAAAAGUACGCGAAAGAUUGCGUAUACUGGUUGACGGAGAAAAUGUGCCUCCGCCGAUAUGCACAUUCAGGGAAAUGAAAUUCCCAAAACCGAUUCUUGUGGGGCUAGAAAAGCGAAACAUCAGAAAACCUUCACCAAUCCAAGUGCAAGGUAUUCCGGCAGUUCUGUCCGGAAGGGAUUUGAUCGGGAUAGCUUUCACCGGUUCAGGCAAAACACUAGUAUUCGUUUUACCAAUUGUGAUGUUUUCACUAGAACAGGAACUAAGGUUGCCAUUUAUCAGUCGAGAAGGUCCCUAUGGGUUGAUCAUUUGCCCUUCGCGGGAGUUGGCAAAGCAGACGCACGACAUCGUUCAGUAUUAUUGCGGCCAUCUCCAGCAAGCGGGUAUGCCGGAAAUUCGUUCGGCCUUGGCUAUUGGUGGAGUUCCGGUUAGUGAAGCAUUGGCUGUCAUCCAACAGGGAUGUCACAUCAUGGUUGCCACACCUGGUCGGCUGAUGGAUAUGUUAGAUAAGAAGCAGGUCACUCUUGAAGUGUGCAGAUAUCUUUGUAUGGACGAGGCCGAUCGUAUGAUAGACAUGGGAUUUGAAGAGGACGUCCGAACAAUUUUCUCGUAUUUCAAAGGACAGCGUCAAACUUUACUCUUCUCCGCUACUAUGCCGAAAAAGAUUCAAAACUUUGCUAAAUCUGCAUUAGUAAAACCGGUGACCAUUAACGUAGGUCGAGCUGGAGCAGCAUCGAUGAAUGUGACCCAGGACGUGGAAUACGUCAAACAGGAAGCUAAGGUUGUGUACUUGCUCGAAUGUCUUCAGAAAACUCCUCCACCGGUGCUCAUUUUCGCAGAAAAGAAACAAGAUGUUGAUGCCAUUCACGAAUACCUCCUGCUCAAAGGCGUAGAAGCUGUGGCCAUUCAUGGUGGCAAAGACCAGGAAGAACGUUAUCGAUCAGUCGAAGGAUUUCGAAAUCAGGAGAAAGAUGUUCUGGUGGCAACCGAUGUAGCGUCCAAAGGUUUAGAUUUCCCUGACGUACAACACGUUAUUAACUAUGAUAUGCCGGAUGAUAUCGAAAAUUACGUGCAUCGAAUUGGUCGUACGGGUCGUUCUGGUUCAAAAGGUUUGGCUACAACGUUCAUCAACAAAGCUACCGAGCAGUACGUUCUACUGGAUCUGAAACAUCUGCUGAUAGAGGCCAAACAGAAGGUGCCUCCCUUCCUGGCUGAACUUUGCUCCGAAACGGAGAAAUACGCCGAUCUAGGCGACGGAUGUAGCUAUUGUGGUGGCUUGGGACAUCGCAUCACUGAAUGUCCCAAACUGGAGGCAAUCCAGAGCAAACAGGCAUCCAACAUCGGACGACGAGACUAUCUCUCCAAUACAGCGGCGGAUUACUAAAAUGGUUAGGUUUUAUGUGAAGGCAAUAAAUAUGUUUUCGAAUAA